AUGCUGAUGAUGGAUUACCACGCCCUCCACGGCCACGACGUCUCGAGCUUUGAUCUGCCCUCUACGCAUCGCCUCCCUACCGUUUCGGCCGCGGAAGCCCUGCAAGCCUUAGAAGAAGCCAACUCACCCGGCCUCAUCACCGGCCUCCCAAGCCUUGAUGCAUCUCUCGAUCCUGUUCUUGGUUCUGGCCAAGGCGGGAUACAAAAAGGCCAUGUAACAGAAGUUUGGGGACCUCCCGGGGCUGGUAAAACGGCUUUAGGUAUUCAACUCGCCGCCCACUGCCUUAACCAACGCGGUCGUGUGUUGUGGGUAGAUGGAUUUCAUCGCCUACCCAUCGAGCGCCUCCGCUCCGUACUCGGUAAAGCGACCGGUGAAGGCGACGGUGCAGAUCUCGGUCGCUUAGACGGCUUUACCCACUACAUGUGCCCGACGCUACCGCAUCUCAUUGCGCUUCUUUGCAGGCCAACUGGGUCUUGCAUUCCGCCGGGGACCUCGCUUGUCGUCGUGGAUUCGCUAUCUGCCCUAGUCAACCAUGCCUUCCCAAAGCUACCCGAAGCGCGAGCGGCCAAGGAUGCAAAUGUUAACAAAGGGCCGUCCGCUCAUGCCCGGCGCAUGCAAGUCCUCCAUCAUAUUAUCGGCAGUUUCCAAAAACUGGCAGCUACGCGAGAUUUGGCUGUCGUCGUUCUCACACAAUGUGCCACCAAAAUGCAAGCGGAACGUGGUGCCACCCUCACACCGGCUAUCAACGCCAAUGUUUGGGAACAGGGAAUGUCGAGUAGGUUGGUCCUAUUCCGUGACUGGCUCGGGCAGAGCUCUGAUACUCCUGGUGCACACCUUGCUGCCCUCCAAAAGUUGAAUGGAAAGAUGGUCCGUGGGCCGAUCGUGGGUAUCUGCGCCUUUCGGGUGACUCCGAAUGGACUCGUCGCAGUGGAGGAUGAAGAUGGCACCCAAUCUAGGACCUUGGAUUCCAACCCCGCGCAAAAGCGAAAGUUGGGCGAAACCGAUUUCGAGGUUGCGGAUAGCGAAGAUGAGGAAUAUGGUUGGGAUGACGACGACGAAUUGCCGCCCAUGCCGUCUCAAUGGCAGGGGAGCGAAGACCUGCUGCUAACUCGGGAACCAGGCCGUGACAGUGAUGAUGACGAAGACGAAGGCGAUGAGGACCCCUCCGACACAAAAAAUGGUGACAAUCAAGGUCCUGCUGACGUGGAAAGCCCACCCGAAGGACAGAUAAUGAUACCGCGCAGCGAUAGUUGA